UUCCUCGCACUACAAGUCUCAAUACAUUGCAUCUUUGGUCUAUCAUUGCAAUAAUGCCAUGUCUAUAUGCAGCGCCACUUCAAACUAGAGGAUGGAAUUGACCAGGACUAUGCCGACACCGUGGUUGCCGCGUCUGCAAGGACGCGCGUCAGUGAGAUGCACUACGACGUGCGCGUCCAGACCGUCAUCAACUACUAUGCGACGAGGCUUGGACAGAGGAAGACCAAGGCGGAGGCAAGGGAAAUAGAUUUGACCCGUGAGCAGUACAUGGAUGAAGAGAUGAGGGCCUGGUGGUGCGCUAACUGUCCUGACGCCUGGGAGGCGAUGGUGGACAAGUGGCUGGACCCCGUGUUUCGUGAGGCGCACAGGGCGGCCCAGGAAAGGCGUCGACGUAUGCCUGGUGUAGCACACCAUCAGGGGAACCGCAGCCUCUCUGGAUACGCACAAGCAUGGGUACGUGGUAAUGUUUCAAUUCAUUCAAUUAUGCCUCAUUUGUAACCCUGUUGCUAUCUUUCUCGC